AUGAAGAAAGCUACAGUUUGCGAGCUCUGCAGCGAAAAGGCUUCUUUGUACUGCGCCUCCGACGCUGCGUUUCUUUGCUACCACUGCGACGCUAGGGUUCAUCAGGCCAAUUUCCUCGUCGCUGCCCAUCUUCGCCAAGCACUCUGCUCCAAAUGCGACGCUUUCACCGGAUACCGAAUUUCCGGUGCUGGAACUCCGAUCCUCCUCCCUCAAAUUUGUCACUCUUGCUUGCCGCCGGAUGCACUUUCCGACAACGUCGAUUCCUUGUCGUCUUCUUCCGCUUGCGUUUCCAGCACCGAGUCUUGCGCCGCUACUCCGAAGAGGAUCGCGCUCGAUGAUCGGAGAAUAAGAGAGCAUGUAUUGAAACAGAGCGUCUCAGGCUCUUUCACGGAGAUAUCCGGCAUGAAUGAGAAUGUUCCGGGUCCGGCGAUGUUCUCUGCGUCGGCAAAGAUGAAGGUCAGAAGAGUGUCGCCGAGCAUGGACGCGAAGGCCGGGGUCAUUUUUGUGAAUUGGUGCAGGAAGCUGGGGGUAAAUGGUAUUUUGGUUGUUCCCUCGGCAACGAAACAUUUGGGAUUUUGUUUGGGCCUGUUGGCGAUGUUGCCCUUCAGAGUGUCUAUGGCGGUGUCGCUUUGGUUGGCCUUGAGAUUUUGCGGGGACAGGUCAGGGUCACUGUCCACGUGCCAAAACUUGAGGAGGCUAGAGAAGGUGUCCGGAGUGGCAACCAGACUGAUUCUAGCCACCGAGGCGAGGGUCACACGUGCAGUAAGAGUCAGUAGAGCGCGACGUGUUUUAAAGGAAGGAUGGGCCGAGUGCUCCGCCGCCUGA